UUGUGCAUUUUUUCCCCUCUACAAAGCGCAACAGAAGUUGCCGACCUAUGAUAAACAGUACUGUAGCGAGCUUGAUAAUUAUCAAUGUGAACAUGUGUGAGCGACAGACUUUGAUCUGUAUCACAAUGGUCUUCUGGAGGUUGUUAGAAACAGCGUUUUAAUGUUCCAGAUGAAAUAUUAACUAGAGUCACGCGACAUUUAGCGUUUAAAAAGCAAUUACUAAAUUGUUUGCGUUGUAAUGUAGCAAGUCAAGUUAGACAAUGCGUGUGAGGAUAUAUUUGUGGUUUCUGACUAUUUUAGGAUCCUUGUAUGCCUCUGAUGGCGGGUUCCGCUUUGCCUCCUAUUAUGGCGAUCACAUGGUUCUGCAGAAGGCCCCAGAGAGGGCUGUGUUGUGGGGCUAUGGACCCGAUGAUGCUGAGGUCACGGUCUUUCUAUCAGGAGGACCAGUCACUAACAAAGCACCUGCUGUCAGUGUGGCUGCCGGGAUAUGGAGGGUGACCCUUGACUCAACGGAAGCUGGCGGUCCCUACAACGUGACUGCAGUCCUCCAGAACAACCACAGUAUCACUCUCACAGAUGUGCUGUUUGGGGAUGUCUGGCUGUGUGGGGGACAGAGCAACAUGGCUUUCACAACUUCUCAGGUGUUUAAUGCAUCAGAGGAGUUAGCUCUGGCCUCCAAGUUCCCUCAGGUGCGUAUCUUUAUGGCUACCUUGGAGCAGAGUUACACUGAGCUGACUGACUUGGCUGGAGUGGAGGUGCCCUGGUCCGUCCCCACAGCAGAGUUGCUGGGCGGUGGGGAUUUCAAGCACUACUCUGCAGUGUGCUGGAUGUUUGGGCGCCACUUGUACAAGACGCUGAAGUACCCCAUCGGCCUAGUGACGUCCUGCUGGGGAGGCACACCUGUAGAGGCAUGGUCCUCCCCACGAGCACUCCAACACUGUGACCUGGACAGGAUUAAGGGGUUCCCCAUGCCACAUACACCUUCAAUGUAUUUGUCUGUGUGGACUAACUCUGUGUUGUGGAAUGCCAUGAUCCAUCCACUUCUCAACAUGACCAUCAAAGGAGCUAUCUGGUACCAAGGCGAGGCCAAUGCAGAGUACAAUCAGAAGAAAUACUCCUGUUCCUUUCCCUCCAUGAUUGAUGACUGGAGGAUGGCUUUCCACCAGAGCUCAGCGGGGCAGACGGCACCAGACUUCCCUUUUGGAUUUGUACAGCUCUCUACGUAUAGAAAGGCCUCCUUAAGUGAGGGAUUUCCAAACAUACGCUGGCACCAGACUGCAGACUAUGGCUUUGCUCCCAACCUGCGUAUGAAGAACACAUUCAUGGCCGUUGCUAUGGACUUAGGAGAUACAAUGUCUCCUUAUGGCAGUAUCCAUCCCCGGGACAAGCAGGACGUGGCAUACAGACUGUCUCUAGGGGCGAGAGCUGUGGCUUAUGGGGAGGAGGGCGUCUCAUUCCAGGGGCCUUUCCCUAACCAGGUCCUGGUCAAUGACCAGUAUAUCAACGUUACCUAUGACCAGAGAGUGUCUGUCACUCAAUCCAAAGAUAUCUUUGAGAUUUGCUGCUCAGGGGUAAGGGCACCCUGUGACUCUCUGUCACUGUGGGUCCCAGCUCCCAUACUGCAGUGGGGCCAUAGCGCCGUCCAAAUGUCCACCACUAACUGUUCCAUGAACAAUGUAGCCGGCCUGCGCUACGCAUGGAGGGACUGGCCUUGUGACUUUAAGGCAUGUCCUGUUUACAGUGCUGAUGGGGUUCUACCUGCACCUCCCUUCACUCUCAACCGCUGGCCAGGCAAGUGGCAGUGAGACGAGAACCCCCCUCUCCUAGGAAUGGAUUAUUCCACCCAAAUAUGGUGUGGUGGUUAACAAGAUGCACUAGUGUCAAGACUGGAAAUGAAAUGCUAACCGUUUCCUCUUGAGUCAUCAGUGUGAAACUGUUGGCAGUUUUUCAGUGUGUGCAUCUUUGAAUUCUCUUGAACAUAACUACAUAAUUAUCUAUAAAAACCAAUCACCUCUUUGGCUUGUUUACAAUUGCUCUGAAUCUUUCUAUAAUUUGUUUUCACAUUGUAUUGUACUUUUAUUUACGCAGUGGGAAAUGUUUUUGAAUGACACAAUAUGAGCAAUGGUUGUUAAUCAUUAUUAUCGUGUUUUAUUAUUUGAUGAUCAAUGAUAGUAAAAUGAAAUAAAUUAGUGGGUUUAUCUUGUUUUGUAUGCUUUGUACAAAAUAAUAAAAUGCAGCACGACAGGA